AGCCGAAGAUGUCGGCUCGGUCAUGUGAUCAGCUGUGUCCAAUCACAGCUGAUCACAUGGGACAUGUACACUGAUCAUCAGAGCACUGAUGAUCAGUGUGCCCUGAUGAUCAGUGUGGCCCCAGAAGUGCCACCUGUCAGUUCCCAUCAGUGCCACGUGCCAGUGCCCAUCAGUGCCACAUCAAUGCCACAUAUCAGUGCAUACCAGUGCACAUCAAUGCCACAUAUCAGUGCCCAUCUGAGCUGCCUUUCAAUGUCACCCAUCAGUGCCAAUCAGUGCCACCUAUCAGUGCUGCCAGUCAGUGUCGCCUAUCAGUGCGCAUCAGUGCCAGUCAGUGCUGCCUAUCAG